CGCCCUACCUCUUAAACACAGAGGACAAGUCCAUCCGCCCCCAUUCAAUUCACAGAAGCGCUUCAGGGCGAAAUUACGCACAGGCGUCGCGCGCUCAACACGCCAUGCUCUCCAUCGGGACCGUAGGAAAAAGGCACGCCACAACCACUGAUCCCUUCCCGUCCUGUGAUUAUCUCCAUUCAGAUGAGCAGGCGGAAACAUGCCUGCAUUCCGCUGUCAGGGAAAGCGAAGAAAGUAAGGAAACGUACGGCUGAUUUGUUUUUAAUAAUCCCAUGUUCCACAUGAGGGAGAUUAAGAUCGGAGAAAGCAUUUGUGUAUUAGUGUUGCUUUUUUCUGGGCUUGUGGCGUGCUCAGGUGUUUUUGGAAGCCCUUUAACUGAUGAUGUGGCCACGUUGGAAACAUUGAGUGAGAACAUUCCCAGUGACUACAGAAUCCCUAUCGACUUCAUCACCAAGGAUGUGGGUGGAGCUUGCUGGCUAUAUGUAAACCUGUAUAAAGUUGAAAGCAGUUUAAAAACAUUGGCCCUCAAGUUUGGCAACCUGUCCACCAAUAAAGCCAACAUCACUAUUUUUAUAACAAUGCUGCAGGGUUUCCGUUUCACUCUGGAGGGAGAGGAGCUGGAGCUGACGAUGCAAACAUUCGAAUGUCACUACAAAAGGGUAAAGUGGCCAUCUAGACGUUACUUCAACCAUGUUAAAGAGGUUCUUGCAGUGGCCGGGUCCACUCUCGGCGAGUUUCGUCACUGCACACCUCCCCCCUGCCAGACCCCCGCAGCCCCUCCUUUCACACCAGGCAAAAGCAGACAGCAGAACGGUAUGAACGGAGCGAUUCACGGGCUCUUGGCGGUGCUCAUCAUCCCCUGCAUGGCGCUUCUUGUUCUCUCUGUCAGGAUGGUAUUCAGAAGAGGAGGCUGUUGUGCACAAAGAAUGCAUGAAGUUGCUCUCAGUUUGCCUGAGCCCCAGGACGGAGCUGAAGAAAGCAGAACCGAGCCCCACGGCGGAGCUGCGCGAGGGGAUUCUGGUUCCAGCUCCACUAAUCAACAGGACAGGGCGUGGCUGGAUUCUUUAGGGUGUGCAGACACAGAGGUUUAAUCAAAAAUGCAUGAGGGAAACCAAUGGAAACAGCAGUAUUUUUGUGGUCGAAAUAACCGGAUUAAUGAAGAUGACAAUGAAGGGAAUAUUUUGGCGGUGACAGGAGGAGUGCAUCAGAUGUUUUUAGAUUUACCUGUACCUGCUCACCACAAAAAACAUUAGGCUGAAGAGACAAAUCGCAACUUGUGUCGGCCGGGUCCAUUAACCAACCAAUGAGAAUCCGGGAUGCCAUCCUAAAAACGGCCAUGGAAAAACCUUUAUGAUUUCAUCCGACAGGAAGUGUCUCUCUUUGAUGGGCCCGUUGGCUGGUCGGCUGCAAUGCCCGCGGCAGCUCGUUGGUUUUGAGGAACGCUACUGGUCCUGCAGAGGAUAAAUGGCUUUUUUGUGCCAGCGCCCCAUUGCAUGAGGACGGUGGUUAAUGUUUCACCAGAAAACGUCUCUGGAACAGAGCAUGGGCUUGUCUAGAAACACGUUUGAUUUAGAGCGUGGACAACAGUGCUAAGAUUUUUGGCGUUUUACUACUCAUUUAUUUGCUGAUACUGAUGGAGGGGAUCUUUAAGCCCUUGAUGCGUGUCUGUGAACGCUGGAUCCUCACAAGAUCCGGUCCUUCUGUAGAGGGAGGUAUCAGACAUCGCACCCUCGUUUCAUCCACUUUGGCUUUCACAUGUCCAAACUCUGUCUCUCUCACACAAACACACUCCAGCUGGAAGAAUCCAACGUCUCUGUCCCUCUUGAGAGGGUCUGUAAGCCAGGUCAUCGGUCCGAUUGCGUUGUAUUAACUAGCUUGGCCAUGUACACAUGCUCACACGCUCUUGCGGCUCAACAAGAGCUGAUUGUUUUCGAGACAAUAUGGGGAAACCCAGAGAGCAUGAGAAAAGAGCUCACAUGAUGAAGAUGUAACAUCAACAUGACUCAUAUCCCAUAAUUUAAUCCCACUUGCUAUAGAAUCUCUCGCUCACUCUCUUCCGGUGUCUGUUUUUCUUCUCACUGUAGCUAAAUAAUAUUCAUGUCAAGAGAUUAAGGCCAACUAAGUAGAUUAGAAUAGAUUUUUUUUCUGAUUUUAAAGGGGUAGUUCACCCAAAAUUGAAAAUCGUUCACUCACCAUGAUAUCGUAUGACUAACCUUCUUCCAUAGAACACAAAAGGAGAGGUUUUGACGAAUGUUCUGUCUAAUGAACAUGCUCAUUGUUAAUGUGAACUACACCUGUUCUAAGACACCUUUGUGAACUGACUUCAUAAAACACCAGUUAGUUAAAAGACAUUGUAAAAUUAAGUGAAAUUUGUGCAAAAAUUGGGUUUGCUUUUUUGAACUUGGGUUUGUUGAUACCCCUUGGUUUGAUACUUUGUAUCUAAUGCAAUUGAACUCAUACAUUAUAUGCGACUUAAGAGUCCAAAUACAUUUUUUAAAGGGAUUUUGAAGUGCAAUGAGAUUUGUGAGAAACCUCUGUAAAUGGGCUAUAUGUAGAAUUCAGAAA